UAGCAGGGGAGGGCAGGCAGAGAAAAGGCGAGAGAGAGAGCGGCUGGCCUUUGUAGUCGGCCGAGGAAUGCGGAAACGUCCCUGCUCUGUGUCAAACUCCUCCGGAGGGGGUCGAGGCAACAUUCAGGCCAGCGUGGGAAAGCGACGGGCAGAGCGAGCUCACCGAGCAGCUCGGCGCACCACACUCUCUCCGCGUAGAUGGGAAAAGCGCGUAGUGGGGGAAAAACGGACGGAAGGUAGCCUAGCCGAGCUGAGCAAAUAAGCCGCUCUCUUUGCACGUUCACGGAGAACGUGGGGACAGAAAAGGAAAGGCAAGUCGCUGAGUUGAGAUCGGUGAGCCGGAGUGGUGCAGGCGCGGGGAGGAUGGGGGGUUAAAGCGCUGCAGCCGCCGACUACCUGUGUGGCCUCGCUAGGACACUCUGGGAUGUGGAAGGGGGGAGAGAAUAAAAAAAAAAAAAACCCUCGCUCCUGCUCUUUCUAUCUGGCAAUAAAGAAAACUCUAGCGUGAUUUACGUUUACGAGAAACUAAAAGGGGCAACGCACGUGCAGCGGCGGCGCUGACUCUCCCGGGCAUGGCUUCGUGAAAGAGCCCUCGACAGGCACGUUUUCGGGAUUUCCCGGAGUAGGGCUGCAUCUCAGCAUAAAGACGCCCGUGCCAGAAGGACAACGAGAUAGAGAUAGAGAGGGAGAAAAAAAAAAAACCCAUGAUGGACAAGGAAGGUCUAAACCAGCAGUACGAGCCCGUGGCUGAAAUCGGCGAGGGCGCGUACGGGAAGGUGUAUAAGGCGCGCGACCUGAAGAACGGACGCUUCGUGGCGCUGAAACGGGUGCGCGUGCAAACCGAGGAGGAAGGCAUGCCUCUAUCGACUAUCCGCGAGGUGGCAGUACUGAGGCAGCUCGAGUCUUUCGAGCACCCCAACGUGGUCAGGUUGUUUGAUGUCUGUACAGUUUCUAGAACUGAUCGGGAGACCAAACUCACUCUGGUCUUUGAGCACGUGGACCAAGACUUGACCACAUACCUAGAAAAAGCACCUGAUCCAGGAGUGCCACCUGAAACCAUAAAGGAUAUGAUGUACCAGUUGCUGCAGGGGUUAGACUUUCUCCAUUCACAUCGUGUGGUUCACCGAGACCUGAAGCCUCAGAACAUUCUGGUAACCAGUGGAGGACAGAUCAAAUUGGCAGAUUUUGGCCUGGCACGCAUAUACAGUUUUCAGAUGGCUCUUACUUCAGUGGUGGUCACUCUUUGGUACCGAGCUCCAGAAGUGCUCUUGCAGUCGAGCUAUGCGACCCCGGUGGAUCUGUGGAGCGUGGGAUGCAUUUUCGCCGAAAUGUUCAGAAGAAGACCACUUUUCCGUGGGAAUUCUGAUGUUGACCAGCUGGGCAAGAUUUUUGAUGUGGUUGGAGUCCCUCCUCCUGAAGACUGGCCGCAGGAAGUGGGUUUGCCUCAGAGUGCCUUCCCCCCUCGCUCCCCUCAGCCUAUAGAAGACCUGGUGCCUGAUAUGGAUGAGCUUGGAAAAUCACUCUUACUUAAAUUUCUGUCGUUCAAUCCAGGCCGAAGGAUAUCGGCUUAUGACGCCCUGUCUCACCCGUACUUUCAGAGCCUGGACAGCACCAGCAAGAGUCUCUAUGCCCAACCCUUGGCUAGCAAAAAGCCCUCCCUGGAGGAGAGAGCUGCUUGAAAGACUUUACUUUUUCUAAAGACUUACUGGCACAAGCCCCUUUUUGAACUUGUCUUCCAUUGCCGCGUCACAUGCUGCUUUUAGGCCUCGUUGAAGUAUUACUGCAAUUUUUGGUUGAUUCAUUUUCACUGCAGCAGGUAAUAUCAGUGUCACUGCCUGGGACGAUUUACAACAAAAAAAAAAAGAAAAAACAGACACACACACACACACACACACAAAAAAUGACAUCGAAAGCUGCUUUACUGCCUGCCUGUCUUCCUUAGCAGGACGUCCCUCUGCUCAGCGGAAACUCCACUGCCAGAAAUCUGACACAGAGGCUGCUAUACCAUGUUGCCAGGGAUCAAUCUUUCUUGAUGAACAUCAUAAAAAAAUAUAUCUGCCACAAAUUAGCUAAGUCUCGACUGCCUAAAAUCGCACUGCUCUGUAUCAGCAAGUUCACUGCCUGUGACUGACCCAAUCUUAUGUUCGAAUCCUAAAAAAAACAAACAAACAAAAAAACUUAGUUUUAUACAGUUUUCACUGUCACCAUGGGUCUGGGUCUGUUGAACAGAACCACUCUCAAUAAGAUGGAAUUGAAUUGCACACGGACACUCUGCUUCUUCAUGCUCUGGAACUGCCCAGGGUUAUGGAUGGAUUACAGCAUUUAGGUAAAUUAUUUGUCAGUUCAUCCCCUCAAGGCUGGUCUUUGUGGACCUUGACAGCAUUGGAGACACAUUUCAAUUCAGUGCCUUACAGAGGAGGAGAAAUCAUGGUCACAGCUAAUGGUUUAAGUCCUCACCACUGUCAAGGCCUUGAUGAUGUUUUCUUAUCCUGGAAGACCCCCAACACUUCAGGCUGGUUUUGUCCAGACACAGACUAACUGGGUUUAUGCUUCAUCAUAAAUAUUCUGAAAACGGGGCAGUAAACAGGACUUACUGUGGAAGAUGAUAUUGAAUUGCACCAACUCAGCAGUGUUGGGCGAUAUGUUUUUAAUAAAUGCAGUACCAGGUACUUAAAAAAAAAAAUCUUAAACACUCCAUAGAAACAACUAUGGGGUUUCCUGUCAAAUACAGAACAGAGGAUAGAAAAGGUCUAUUUCUUGAUACUGGUCAUUACAUGUUAGAGCUCCCCCAUUAUACCCUACCAUAAAUAAAUCUUAUCAGUGAGUAAAUUUGGUACUCUAAAUUGGGGCAAAUGCAAAUGUUUUUGGUGCAUUUCUACUGUGUGUACUGUCCCACUGAUCCCUUAAACUCAUUGAUCUAUUGAUCUCCAGCGAUCCAUGGAAUGAUAUGAUACGGAAUAUGAAAUUAAAAAAACAGAAUCAUUUUUAUAACUCAGCUAAUAUAUAUAUAUAUAUAUAUAUAUAUAUAUAUAUAUAUA